AUGGCAUUCGGAUGGGCAGGAAGUUCGUGGUCACCAUGGUCGUCAUGGCUAGGCUCUACUUCCGAUUCUGAUUCUGAUUCCGAUACGGAUGGCAACUCUAGCUCCAACUCCGAUCCUGCCACUACUUCCACUACUAUAGUUCAAACCUCGACAUCUACCAUUCCCAUUCCAGUCAUACAGUCUACAACAUCGAAAAUCAUCGUAGCUACUCUCCCUCCAGCUUUGGUCCCUGCCUCUUCCCCAAAGCCAUCUACCACUCAACGAUCCCUGUCUAGUCUCAAAGCUAGCUCAACGACUCCCAUACAAGCCAUUCAGACAUCGAGCUCGCAGAGACCAUCGUCUUCACCAACAGCUUCAUCCGCACCUUCUCAACCCUCUGCGCCUUCUUCCAUCACCGCGCAAUCGGCUCAAACAACGGCAUCGUCUCCUACCUCGUCGGCAAUUGUGGUGGAAGCCAUUCCGGAUGAAUGGGAAUAUUGGGGUUGUAUACCAAAUGUGAACGGAAUACCAGUACUGAAUACGACCUAUGCGACAUCAGACGAAUUGACACCUUCGUUGUGUCUGACGGCUUGCUCAGCAUGCCAAUAUCAUUUUGCUGGACUUCAGAACGGUAAUGCAUGUUUCUGCGGAUCAUCCAUUACAUCCUCUUCUAUCUCUAAAUCAUCUACAGAUUUUACAUGUUUGAAAGCCUGUACAGGAGAUCCUGGUUCUAUAUGUGGAGGAUCAACAUCAAUGUCGUUUUAUCGCCUUAAACCGUAUAAUCCUGACUCAACAUACAAUGAUGAAUCGACAAGCACCAGUUCUGGAUUUGGUACAGGUGGCGGAUCAAUGACUGUUAUAGCUAGAUUACCGGAGUUUACAGGAACGUUAAUGGAAUAUGGUGAUCCUAGGUUCAAGAAUCCGAAAGACUCUAUCAUGUUUGGUGAGACUAUGAAGAUCUCCUCAUCUGAAUCGAGAGAAUCAAUGAUGUCUGGAAGUACGCUGGGUAUCGCGAUUUUAUCAAUUUGCUUUGUGAAUAUAUUGCGUUGA